CAUUAUUCUUUCUUUCCCCUGUUUCUAACCACCAUUUACAUCCUCUCAACUCUUAGAACCUCACGCAAUCUAUUUCCCCAUCAAACCCGCCUCGCCAUUUCGCCGUUGCCUCCGAAUCCCGACUCGAUUCGCUGUUGUUCUCCGUCAGCAGUCCUGCUCAACCACCCCAGGACCGUCUGCUCGGGUUUCUUCUCUUCCAGUUCUUCCCCAAUGAAUCGCCCAGUAUAGCCGUUGAACGACCAUCAUACGAUCCACUCACUUUGACAUCCUUUCCCUCGUUGAUUCCUCCACGCAUUCUUACGCCUCUGCGAAAGCCGUCACCCUUUACCAACGGGCCUUCCCCAUCGAUUCACCCUUUUCCGAUUCUGGGCGCCUUUGCCGCGAUGGUCUCACAGACUCGACUCGUCGAGUAGACCCUUCCGGAACGUCGCAGUUUGGGGAGGAGCAACGGCAUAGAAAAACAGAUACAUUCGUCGAAUCAUGUCAGAGCCGUCGUCAGAUAACAUUCCGGCGUUGGGACCUGGUCAACCUGACCAAUCGAAAACAUCUCGUGAGACGUCUCCGGCGCGCAAUUCUCGCAGUGUGUCUAGCAUCCCUCAGCUCUCGCGGUCGCGCAAGGGCAGCCAGGAAUUCAGUCCGACACGUAAUAGUGGUAUAGCGGGAUCCCUAUCAACCGUGCCUUCAGCGGCUGCCGUUCAACGAGCCUUGUCUGCCCAAAGGCCUAUUUUACAACCUCCCAGUGUUGAUUCAGUGAUUGAGGCCGGCCGGCCCUCAGAACGACAAAUGAAAACAGGUCCAAAUCCGCCAUCGUGGCCCACGUCGCCGCGGCUGAAGUCUCCUCCUCCUUCGAAGACUGGCGCAAGGACACCGUCGGCAAAGCGGAGCGAUUCAGACCAGACGCCGUCAAACACUUCGCUGAAAAGACUGGCACCUGCAUCUAACCCUGACCAAGCCGCCGCCAUGCAGAUACCUGACACUCAUGAACAACCCGGUCCCCAUUCUAACUCGAGAGUAUCAGGCCGAGGCCCAAGUACUACCCUCGAAACGGUGGCAGAAAACAGCGCCCCCACGACUCCUGCAAUCGGUCCGAUUUCGACUUCGCCGUUGGAGCAGAAGAUGGAUGUAGCAUCUCUUGACCAGCGGCUGGAGUCGCGGCCUGAACCACCGCCCGCCAAAGAAGGGGAAGGUAGUGGGGGAGAUGGCCCUCCAAAAGCCACCGCCGCCAAAACAGAAAGUGGUCGGAGGUCAAGAGCCCCAAGUAAUUCCCGACCGGCUUCAGAUUUGGCAAAACGCUCUUUCACCAGUCUUACGGCGAGCAAACCCAAACCUACUGGCGAUCCUCCACGAACCAUGACCGUGGAGACGGAGACCGUUACCUCGAUGCCUCAAUUGCUGGGUCCUGACCGAGGUGCUUCGGGCAGGGAUGGUAACGGUAGUGUAAGGACCAAACCGAGCAAUGAAACUAUUCGGCCGAAAAAGGAGAAAAGAAAAUCCCGCAAGACUCCCUCGCUCCAUGCUGGCACAGUCACCUCCAAAGCCGACCUGUUCGAGGCCAAGGUCGCCAGCGCGGUGGACGAAGCUGAUUCCUCCGAUUCGGAUGAGACUUUCGUCUACGAGUCGAAUCCACCAGACAGCAGACCCGCACGACAUCACUCUCGAACGCCCAGUGCCACGUCCCUCGCCAGCCAAGAACAGUUCGGGAAUCGCAACAAACAUGGCCUCCGCGCCGGCAGUCAGGCAAUAACUGGAAAGAAGAGUAUGAAGUUUUCGAGCAGCACCUACAACAACCACUUGGAUGGCGAGUCUGGGCCAGAAGGACGAGGAAGCCAACGCAACUCGAGUUCGACACCUCGUCAUCAUCACAUCAGUCGGCAUGGACGACCUCACCACACCUCGAUCCUGGAUACGGAGUCACCUUUCACUCAAGCAAGCAAGACAAACUCCUCUCGUUCGACAACGAAUAAUCCCUCACGGUUUUCUCGGCCUAACAGCCCGCGGACCUCUAACGGACGGCUCCAGGGCACCCCGCGAAAAGGAGAGCCCUUUGAUUCCUAUGAGGAUGCUGUCGCCGACGAUGAGAGGGCGCCGUUACUUGGAUCGGUCCGGGUUAAUCGCACAAGACACAGCCGUCGCCCUCAUAGCAUGAGCCUUCGGCACCUCGAAUACAACGACGUCCAGGACCGCAGUUGGUGUGGCAGAUACAGUGGUUGCAUUCUCCUUGGACUCGUUAUUCUUCUGAUCUGUGUUGGCAUUACGACGUUUGUGAUGGCCCUGAACCGGCCGCUGAUGGAUGUUUCGAUCAAGCAUAUUCAAAACGUGCUUGCAUCGGAGCAGGAGCUUAUGCUCGACCUGGACGUGCUGGCACUCAACACGAAUCUUUUCCCGAUCACAGUGAAUGACCUGGAUGUCAACCUGUUUGCCGAGAGCCCUUAUGUGGGCUCCACAUCCAAUUGGGACGGGCCCGGCCAAAGGAGAGCGCUUCGGUGGGUCAAGCGCGAGGGUCCCAACGCCCUAGGAUUCGACUGGCCGCCGUGGCAUUCUGACGAUGGGGUCGAUGAGGGCACCGACCCGAUCGACGACCCUGAGCCAGGAACCCAGAAAAUGUUGCUUGGAAGAGUUCUUGUCUUCGAUUCGCCGUUAGUGUUUGAUGCGUCGCCACUCCGACACAGUCACACUUCUUCUGUUGGUGAGAUCCGGCUUGCGAGACCCGGCAACAAGACGGAAGUCGGGGGCAGUGCGCGUUGGGAGAGAGUGCUGCAACACCCGUUUGAUCUUAUUGUUAGAGGCGUGAUCAAGUAUCAGCUCCCGUUGAGCUCGAAAACGAGGUCUGCCAAGAUUGGUAGCCGGGUCAAGGUGUUACCCAACGACGAUAAAUCUGGAGACGCCCCCGAAGGAUCUCCGAGUGAACCCAAGGGUUAAGCUGUUUUGAGAACAAUCUUGGGAGUUAUGAUUGGGACGAAUUUCAUUUGUGCAUGAACAAGACCCGCCUAUCAGGGGGCCACUUAACGACCGAGAUACCCAAAGGACCGUGUCCGGAAAAGAGAAAAGCAUUGGGAUUGCAAGCUUAUACUUGGCUAUACAAUGGUCGGCGAAGAAACAGGCGAAGAAAGCAAGCGCACCAUCGCAUGUGCGUGAAGGGAAAUGGAAAACCGGGUGGAAUAAGGCAGUCAGCCUUGUGUCAGCGCAACCGUCAGUUGCAUGUAGCUUUCCUUGGUGACGGCCUCUUUUCUUUUUUAUAUAUGGCAUUUAGUGCCGUCAAACCUCAGCGGAUGGGGGCAUCCACAAGCCCAAAUCAAAAGUUCCAAUAGAAUAUGUCUGGUA